CAGCCUAAUCAGCGAGUAAGCGCCUUGUCUAUAACCCCUCUUAUCGUCAUCAUUCUUUCACACUAUAUACAGUACCCCAUCACCAGUACACCAAUACUGCCAAGCCACGCCCACCAUAUACCCAACAACCUGACUGACAUACUGGAGUCAGAAAUGAGAAGAGAAAAUCCAGUGUGCCAGCAGAGGUCGCUGCAUGCUAGUAGAACACCUGGAUCAGGAAUGGGCAGUACAACAGAGAGACUCAUGGACUUUGAGAUGAUGCCCUAUCAGGCCAGUACAGUGCUGGAUCUAUCUUCUCUCUUCCCCGAAGUCACCUCUCACCCUCCCACCAUCACUGCCACGCCAGCUGCCUCUCGCAGCAAACACUGUCAGAGCAAGACCAUCCUCAGCAGAGCCUGGCAGAAAGGGGUUAAAAAC